UUUCUCAAUUGACUCAUUUGGCUUGAUAUCGUGCCAGAUAUCUGUGUGCCUCUUUUUUUCUCCUUCCGGUGAUGUCGAUCGAAUAGGUAUCGGAUUCGAUAUCCAGAUCAGUCCUGACGAAUUGGGUACCCCCUCUGACAUGCAGACCGAAGGACGAAUUCCACCGCUCUCUCUAAUUUCUACACAUGCAGUGGCCAGCCUGCCGAUGCGCAGUCUCGACCUCGGACUGCAGCAAGCAUGUCGGCACUAAAGCCGGAGCGGGGAAGACUUCGUCUCAUCCAGGGCUCGGGUACCUGAUAAUUGGAUAUUGGAGGCUUGCAUGCCUGAUGCACUGCAGCACCUUCCCUCGACAUUCAGGCUAUCCAUCCUGUACCCCCACUUUAGCUACCGCCCCGGUCCAACCUCGCACGCAACCUUUGAGGCACAGAGUACGUCUUGUGUCGCAGACUGCUGGUGUUUGUCUGAAUUGCCGCCGUCCCAGCGAGUAUCGCCAGAGUCUCUCUUGAAAAGAGCUCAGUUGAUCGCUGCUGUGAACGUGAGCAGGGGGCAACCCGUGCCGCCAACCAGGGCCUCCAGGGCCCCUCGCAAGCAAAUCCACUCGCCCUCAGCACAGACCCGACAAUAAUAUAUCUCGGUACAUUUUGUUCCAACCAGGCUUUUGCAUUUCCCGGCCCCCAGGGAUUGAGAAAGAGAUAUAUCCGCGCUGUGCUCCUUCACCGGGCUUGUCAAGGGUUUCUUGUCCUGUUUCGUUUCCCUCCUCUCUGACGAUUGACGGUUAUGCUCAGAACUGCUUGAUUUUAAUGUUUACUUUGCUUACGAAACGAAUGUCGACGACGCUUGGAUACCCCUUAUGAACAUGGACAUUGGGCCCUGAUAAAUUGACGAAUACACGCCGUAUCAUCUAUCCCGUGUCCCGCACACCUAUCCUUCCUUCCCGCUCGUCCAACAAGAGCCUCUCCAUCUCGAAUCUGCCUAUAUUGCCACUCUCCCCGAGCACCUUGGACGUCCGAAGCAACGCCGGUGGAUUCUUACUAGAGCGCUCGGCCCAUGAAAAAAUACAUUGAGAGAAAUUUGAAUCUGCUAUGAGUGGGGAUCAGCCAGUUUCCAGCUUUGGCGACCCAGACGCUCAGCCGCCCACCCCUAAACAAACACCAACAUUAUCGAUUUUCCCGAGUCCUCGUUUCGAAACACCAAAGAACAACGCGGGACGAUUCGACGAGCCUGGAGGCUGGACUCCUCAUUUUGCCGAGGAUUACUCCGUCUUCAACUCGACCCCGGGGAACCUGAGGGACAGCCAGCAUCCCUUUCCCGAUUUUGGUCCAGCAACCCCAUACCUUGGUUCGGCCCGCAAACGGACGUUGUCUACUGGGGAAACGUUUUCGCCCACCACCAACUUGCAGCUACCGUCUGUGGAACCGUCCGAGAUCCUACGAUCUUCUCCGAGCCAACUAUCAACCCCAACCUUUCAACAGUUAACUCUCGCCAGCCGAAAUUCAGAUACAGCUGAGAGGACUUCAAAGAAGGUGCGGCGUGGAACAGUGGUUGAGCAAUCUCAGGGACAAACAGCAACCCCGCCGCCCUCUGGCCGGAAGGGUGAACGGAAACUCGCUCCCAAACUCGAUACGUCCGCCAUGCAGAAUGAUCAGGGCUACGGCCACCCAGACUUUUUGGCGACUGCCCAGCCACAAAUGGGCAACUUCGUGACCAACCCUGGCGACAUGUUUUCUUAUCCCUUAUCAGCACCGGCCGCCGGUCCAGGAUAUGCACCACAGCGGUCGUUUUGGGACCAGGAUCCCAACAUGGGAGGAAUGGAAGUUGAUUUCAGUGCCAAUGGCGCCAAUGGUGGCGAUAUGUUCCAAAACCAGACACAUCAACCUCUCACCCCAGUCGACUGGGCAAAUGCCAAUCUGAUGCAGGCACAGGACGCCAUGGUCGGUCACGAAAACGGUCAUGUUACUCCUGGAAAUCACCAAGCUCCCCUUAUAUCACAGGCGCCCAUGCCUGCCCUCGUAACUUCAGCCCCCGAACAAGCCAUGUUCGCGGUUGAUUAUUCCACGACCAUGGAAGACAACUUUGGAAUGAACAGUAGCGGCGGCGCGGUAAACCCCGGGCUCAUCUUCAGCCGGCCGCAGUCAGCCAACAUGGAUGCCAUCUCUCAUGACCAGUCUAUGCAAGUCCCUAUCGCACCUCGCCGUCAAACGAGUCAAGACUUUGUCCAGCCAACGAGCAGGGCACCAUCAGCGCAAAGAAUAGUGACAACAUCCCGAGGCGAGCUUCGUCGUUCGUCAAGCACGAGGACCGUGCCUUCAAGCAGACCAGACCGAGCUCUGGCUAGCUCACCAAUCAAGUCGGUUGGACGACCUGGCCUCUCGCGAAGCUUCAGCGAAAAUAGAGGGAAGAAGCAGUCGAGCCGACCAGCGCUGCCCACUCUUGCCCCAGCUCCUCGUCCACAAUCACAACUGGUGAGCAACGCUGGCGUAGGUGCCAACCGGCCGAUUAUAAGCCAACCUUCCCGUCCAAGUGGAAGGACAUCUCCCCUGAAAAGCCAGCAACACUCCCGACUUUCCAGCUUGACAUCCAUCCCAGAGACCUCGGGUCCAAGAAUGCGAACCCAAGCGAAGUUCACCAUUGAUGCCAACGGCAGAGCAAGAGUGGAAACCACAGUCGUUGUAGAAACAGAAGAGCCAACCAGUGCAAAAAAGCGCCAGGGCUCCCAAGACGGCAGCCAACGUAGGAGGUGGACUCCUUCCGACGAGGAAGAUGACUCUUCCUCUACCGAUGACGAAGGCCCGAUUAUCAUUCCUAGCAGAAACACCUCUUUUGCGCUCCCAGAUCCGGUAAAACCCUCGAUUGUCCAUCCUUUUCACCGGGCGUCUCAUACCGGCUCGUCGUACAGCGCUAGCUUCCAACACCAGGAUGAUGAUAGCGAUGGGGAGACGGUGGUGAAUGUGAAUGACCUCACGCCCACGGGAAAAGUGGCCGGAGACGCGAUCAGUGAGCUGCAAAAGGUCAGGGAGGCACGGCAGCGGAGCGGGCAGUGGCCGCCGAGUUCUGCGCCAAAGGUGAGGAGGUCCUUUUCGGGGGUGGGGGGGUCGGGGAGUGCGAGUUUUGGGAAUCAUCAGCAGGGGGGUUACAGGGGGAGUUAUAAUAAUAGUAGCUUGAGUCCGGCUAGCAUGACGGAGGGGAGUCUGCCGACGCCGACGGGUGAGAGGGGAGGGGGGAUGAGGUGCGUUUGUGGGAGGGGGGAAGUGGGGAGGAAUGAGCUGUUGGUUCAGUGUCAAUCGUGUGAGAUGAACUUGCAUGAACGGUGUGUGAAUGCGACGGAGACGUCAAUUUACAUUUGUUCGUUUUGUGCGAAUGUUACGACUGGGCAUCCGGUGAGGGGUGGUGGUGGAGGGAGGGUUAGGGAAAGGGAGGGGGACAGGGAAAGGGAGGGGGACAGGGAAAGGGGGCGUUAUCAUGGGCAUGGGCAUGUGCGGGUGGGAGGAGGGGGGUCGGGCUUGGGGAUUACGAGUCCGUUGGCGCAUAAGAAUUUUAAGAGUUUUAGGUGA